CUCCAGGACCUCGCCCGGGGGCCGCGUCCGGCGGUGCGUGAGGAGCUCCCCCGGCACGUGGAGGCGGUGCGGACCUCGGGCCGGGCCGGGGCGGAUGCGCGGGGCUCGCGGGAAAGGGGUCCCAGAAGCCGAAAGGCCCAGAAGCAGAACCGAGAGCAGCGGCGGUCGGAGAGACCCAGCACCCAUGCCUCUUUUCUGCCGGGCCCUUUUCCGACUUGGAAGAGCGAGCCCUGGAGGUCCAACGGGCGCUCCUCCAAGCAGAGCCUUGGAGGGCAAGGCCGGCACCAUUACCUCCAACGAGUGGAGCCCUCCUAACUCCCCUGAGGGGAGCACAGUCUCUGGGGGCAGCCAGGCCUUGGACAAGCCCAUUGACAAUGACGCGGAGGGUGUGUGGAGUCCGGACAUCGAGCAGAGCUUCCAGGAGGCCCUGGCCAUUUACCCACCCUGUGGCCGCCGCAAGAUCAUCCUCUCGGACGAGGGCAAGAUGUAUGGUCGGAACGAGCUGAUUGCCCGCUACAUCAAGCUCCGGACAGGGAAGACCCGCACCAGGAAGCAGGUCUCCAGCCACAUCCAGGUGCUGGCUCGCCGCAAAGCCCGCGAGAUCCAGGCCAAGCUAAAGGACCAGGCAGCUAAGGACAAGGCCCUGCAGAGCAUGGCUCCCAUGUCGCCCGCCCAGGCCAUCUCCGCCACAGCCUUCCACAGUAAAAUGGCCCUCGCCCGGGGCCCAGGCCACCCAGCAGUCUCAGGGUUCUGGCAAGGAGCUUUGCCGAACCAAGCCGGAACAUCCCAUGAUGUGAAACCUUUCUCUCAACAAACCUACACUGUCCAGCCUUCGCUGCCUCUGCCAGGGUUUGAGUCUCCUGCAGGACCCGCCCCGUCGCCCUCUGCACCCCCGGCACCCCCAUGGCAGGGCCGCAGUGUGGCCAGCUCCAAGCUCUGGAUGUUGGAGUUCUCUGCCUUCCUGGAGCAGCAGCAGGACCCCGAUACGUACAACAAGCACCUGUUUGUGCACAUUGGCCAGUCAAGCCCAAGCUACAGUGACCCCUACCUCGAAGCCGUGGACAUCCGCCAGAUAUAUGACAAAUUCCCAGAGAAAAAGGGGGGACUCAAGGAGCUCUUUGAACGGGGACCUUCCAAUGCCUUUUUCCUUGUGAAAUUCUGGGCAGACCUCAACACCAACAUCGAGGAUGAAGGCAGCUCCUUCUAUGGAGUCUCCAGCCAGUACGAGAGUCCGGAGAACAUGAUAAUCACGUGCUCCACCAAGGUCUGCUCUUUCGGCAAGCAGGUGGUAGAGAAAGUGGAGACAGAGUAUGCCCGCUAUGAGAACGGCCACUACUCAUACCGCAUUCAUCGGUCCCCACUCUGCGAGUACAUGAUCAAUUUCAUCCACAAGCUGAAGCACCUGCCUGAGAAAUACAUGAUGAACAGCGUGCUGGAGAACUUCACCAUCCUGCAGGUGGUCACCAACAGAGACACACAGGAGACCUUGCUGUGCGUUGCAUAUGUCUUUGAGGUGUCAGCCAGCGAGCAUGGGGCUCAGCACCAUAUCUACCGGCUGGUGAAAGAAUAAGAGACUCAGGGAGCAGGGAGGGGGGAAGCAAUGUCGUGUGUGCAGGGACGUGGGGAGGGGAUCUGCAGGGGUGGCCCCUGAAGUGCCAGGAGAGCUGAGAGGCCAUGACUCUUCCCAUCCAGGAACAAACUGUGCCUGAACCUGCAAUGGCCAAUCCCAAAUAAACCCAAGAUGGUGUGUA